CGCCACUGUCUGGAUUCUUCCUUUAACAAGAUGGCGGCAGGAAGCAGUGGCGGUGGCGGCAAGCUCCGCUCGAAAAGUGAGGCCGAUUCCGGCUUCCUGGGGCUGCGGCCCACUUCGGUGGACCCGGCGCUGAGGCGGCGGCGGCGAGGCCCAAGAAAUAAGAAGCGUGGCUGGCGGCGCCUCGCUCAAGAGCCCCUGGGGCUGGAGGUUGAUCAGUUCCUGGAGGACGUGCGGCUGCAGGAGCGCACGAGCGGUGGCUUGGUAUCAGAGGCCCCCGAUGAAAAACUCUUCUUCGUGGACACCGGCUCCAAGGAUAGAGAGCUGAACAAGAAAAGGACCAAAGGCCAGAAGAGGUCACUGCUUCUUAAGAAACCCCUUCGGAUCGACCUAAUCCUUGAGAACACAUCUAAGAUCCCUGCCCCCAAAGACAUCCUUGCCCAUCAGGUCCCCAACGCCAAGAAGCUCAAGCGGAAGGACCAGCUAUGGGAGAAGCUGGUAAAGCAGGGUGAGGUGCCCCGGGAUGUGCGCAGGGCGCAGGCUCGACUUGUCAACCCUCCUGUGGCCAAAGCCAAGCCUGGGCCCCAAGACACGGUGGAGCGGCCCUUCUACGAUCUCUGGGCCAAAGAUAACCCUCUGGAGCGGCCCUUGGCCGGCCAGGACACGUUUUUCCUGGAGCAGACCAAGAAGAAAGGAGUGAAGCGGCCGCCGCAUCUCCACACCAAGCCCUCCCAGGCGCCUGCUGUGGAGGUGACGCCCGCCGGAGCCUCCUACAACCCAUCCUUUGAGGACCACCAGAACCUGCUCUGGGAAGCUCACGAAGUCGAGCUGCAGCGGCAGAAGGAGGCUGAGAAGCUGGAGCGGCAGCUGGCCCUGCCCCCUGCGGAGCAGGUCGCCACCCAGGAGUCGACGUUCCAGGAGAUGUGCCAGGGGUUGCUGGAGGAGUCGGAUGAGGAAGGGGGGCUGGGCGAGGGCCAGGGCAAGGGGCCGGAGGCUGGAGCCGACGACACCGGAGGGGCCAAGGCCUCCGCCAUGCCUGCCCGCCUGGCCGCUGUGGAGAAGAAGACGGAGCGGCAGCGGCAGCGGGAGAAGGCUGCCCGGAUGCUGCGGGUUCAGCAGGCCGCAGUGCGGGCCGCCCGGCUGCGGCACCAGGAGCUCUUCAGGCUGCGCGGGAUCAAGAUCCAGGUGGCACAGCGGCUGGCAGAACUGGCACGGCGGCGGGAACGACGACGAGCACAGCGGCUGGCCGAGGCCGACAGACCCCGCAGGCUGGGGCGGCUCAAGUAUCAGCCCCCCGACAUCGACGUGCAGCUCAGCUCAGAGCUCUCUGGCUCGCUCAGGACCCUGAAGCCCGAGGGCAACAUCCUCCGUGACCGUUUCAAGAGCUUCCAGAGGAGAAACAUGAUUGAGCCCCGGGAGCGAGCCAAGUUCAAGCGCAAGUACAAAGUGAAGCUUGUGGAGAAGCGGGCAUUCCGAGAGAUCCAGUUGUAGCCGCCGCUGGAUGCUGGAGUCCCCACCCUUCAAUAAAGCAUCUUCUGACCAACGC